UAAAAAUUACGAAGGUUGUGCUUGUACUGUCUAAAUAAACUUAUUUGUUAUCCGAUUGAUCAUGUUUUUAUCCGCAGGAAAACAAAAUGUCCGUUGACUUUAGUAAUAUGUCAGUUAUGUCAAUCAAACAAGAACAAUUUCCAUUGAUGUUAUUAAAAUAAAUAUUUAUUAAUUAUUAUAUUAUACAUAUUGUGAAUCUCAGAGUUAAUUUUAGGUUGAUAUGGAGUAAAUUCUUAUCACGCAAAUUUGAAAUGAUUGUUCAAGAACCAGUCCAGGCUGCCAUUUGGCAUUGUUUGAAUAAUUAUAAUUAUCCAGACGCAAUAUUUUUAUCAGAACGUUUAUACGCAGAAGUCAACACCGAAGAGAGCCUAUAUUUGUUAGCAACUGCUUAUUUUAGAAGUGGAAAAUGUGAUCACGCAUAUUACAUACUCAAAGACAGGACAGGAAACUCAGCUCAGUGUAGAUAUUUGCUAGGAACCUGUGCUUAUGAAUUGGAAAAAUAUGCAGAAGCAGAAGCAACUAUAUUAGAAAAUUGCACAACAGGAAAUAAUUUAGACGACGAAGAUCUUGUAAAAGAAUUUGGUGAUCAAGCAUGUUUUGUAUUUCUGCUUUUGGGUAAAAUAGCCGCUAAAACUGAACGUAAAAAUAGAGCCAUAGAAGCGUGGAAAAAAGCAUUAAAACUAAAUCCAUUCUUAUGGUCUGGGUUUGAAAAUUUGUGUAAAAUUGGAGAGAAAAAAGAUCCUGCAACUAUCUUUCAAAUAAGUAAUAUAGACAGUUUAUCUAUGUGCCAAGGUAAUAGCAUUAGUAAUUUGGAUAGUGUUAUUAUCACUAGUAAUAUUUCUCCAGUGGAAAAUGAGGAAAGUUUCAUAACUACUCCUGAACAAGUGUUCACUAACAGCCCUGUUUUUAUGUGUAAUCAAAAUUUUAAACAAUUCACUUCACCAGAUGAUAGUCCUCUAGCUCAUCCCUUAGCAUUAUCCGGAUUAAGGCCACUGGCACCUACUAUGCAGAAAAAUUUGAGGUCAAGAUUUAGGGAUCUCGGAAGUACUCCUUUAAGCCACGAAUCACCUGCGUUUGGUCAACUUUUCGAUAGUUCAUUUGAAAACAUGAAUACUCCGGAUAUGUUUUCGCCAGCGACACUUACAGAAUCUAACAAUCACCAUCAAUCUUUAGUUAAACGAGUAAGAGCCCAAGUAGAUCAAUUCAUAGGUCGUAAAGAAUCGAUUUUCCAAAAUUGUAAACCGGUAUUUAGUCAAUCGACCAACGUUCCUGUUACAAAAACACCCACAAUACCUCUAGCAGUCCAACCCGGUCAGAACGUUAGAAGAAGUUCUAGAUUAUUUAGUAACAGUUAUUCAGUUAAAGAAAACAACAAAUCUCCUAGUAGAAAUAAAUUCGCUACACCGAAAUCUCCUUCACGUAAGACAAAGCAACGUAUCGCUAAAUGUAAUCUCAACAAGAAUACCAAUUAUUCCGAAAUGAACACUAAAAAUAAAAUAGAAAAAGAAAAAAACGAAACAGUUACUUCUGCUGCCGAUGUGAAAACUGAAAAAAGUGCAAUAUUAAACACAGAGGGUUGUUUACAACAAGUUGUGAAUAUGCAGAAACAGAGUGCAGAAGGGUUGAUGUGCUUAUUAAGGGAUAUAGGUCAAGCUUACGUAGAUUUAUCCCAAUUUAAUUGUUCAGCAGCGAUAGAACGCCUCAGUAAUUUACCACCGAAUCAAUUCAACACCUCUUGGGUACAAUGUCUGAUAGGUUUAGCAUAUUUUGAAAAAUCGGAUUUCGAAAAUAGUAUUAAAUAUUUCGGAGAGGUUCACAAUAAAGAACCUUAUCGACUAGAUUAUAUGGAUAUUUAUUCAACGGCGUUGUGGCAUUUACAAAAAGAAGUAGCCCUAUCCGCACUUGCACAAGAUUUGAUAAACACCAGUAAAACCUCCCCUAUAACUUGGUGUGUUAAUGGAAACUGUUUUUCUUUACACAAAGAACACGAUACAGCUAUAAAAUUUUUCCAAAGAGCCGUUCAAUUAGAUCCGAAUUUCCCGUACGCUUAUACUCUAUUAGGACAUGAAUACAUCACUACCGAAGAACUGGAUAAAGCUAUGAGCUGUUUCAGGAACGCCAUAAGGCUGGAUCCGAGACAUUACAAUGCUUGGUUCGGCAUAGGAACCAUCUAUUCCAAACAAGAACGUUACCAUUUGGCCGAAAUGAAUUAUUCCAAAGCUCUAGCUAUAAAUUCGAAGAGUUCCGUUAUACUUUGCCAUAUAGGAGUGGUACAACACGCUCUAAAAGAAACCGAAAAGGCGUUAGCUACUUUUAACAAAGCCAUAGCGAAUAAUCCAAAUAGUCCUUUAUGUAAAUUCCAUAGGGGUUCAAUAUAUUUCGCUUUAGGUAGACACGCGGAGGCUUUAAAAGAAUUGGAAGAAUUGAAAGAAAUAGUUCCCAAAGAAUCGUUGGUAUACUAUUUAAUAGGUAAGGUUCAUAAAAAAUUAGGUAACACGGAUUUAGCGUUGAUGCACUUUAGUUGGGCGACGGAUUUAGAUCCGAAAGGAGCAAGUAGUCAAAUAAAGGAAGCUUUCGAUCCUUCUAUAGGUAGAAGCACCACCGAAAUAGAUUCCCCAAUAUCACCAGCUCCUUAUGAGUAUCAAUCUGAAAGUAAUUCGGGGCAGAGGUUCGGUCCUUUGAAUUUUAAUGGUAUGCCAGAUGACAGCGAAGAUAGUUUUUAAUAAUUUUAUUAAGUGUAAUUACGAAUAUAUAUAUAUAAAUAUAUCGAAAAUAGUGUAAUAAUAUAUGUACGUUUUGAGGAUAACACGCUAGAACUAAUUACGAGCGAAUUUAGAGUGAUUUAUUUAUUUAUUUUUUUUUUAUUUGAAAAAUAUUCGCUGGUCCAAGGAUACCAUCCAAGGAAAAUGUGUACGCCAAUGGAUCCUUGGUAUUUCAAUAAAAUAAAAACAACAGAUUACGAUGUGGUGUUUAAAUAAAUGAGAAACAAAUUAAA